GAACAUUAUAAGGAUAAAUAGUCAAUGUGUUUUCCCCUUAAAUGUUCAUGUUUGAGCAGUGCUCUUUUAAAUAGGCCUAUGUGCUGAUAUGUAGCCCAACCUGUCAGUCUUUCUCUUUUGUAAUGCUCAUUUGUUCUCAUUGCUGGAGCGGAUGUCUCGCCUCCUCGUGAAUUAACAAAAGCUUUGAGAGGGUAUCCCAGCAUCGCCCGGCUGUCUCCCGGGGAAACGUCCUGGGUAAACAAGAGCGAAUCUCCGCGCAACCGGGCGUCAGCAGCAGCAGCAGCCGCAGCCCAGGCUCUUGUUGUGAUUGCUUGCGCGCGCGACACGUCCAUCCACCUUAGACCAACACAGAGCUCUAUUCCAAAAAGAAAGUCUAUUACAUUGAGUCAAUGUUGAGUUGAUUUUAAAAGUCAAUUGGCUAAAUAGGUUAAAUGAACUUUACAGUGGCUUAAACUUGUUUGGUUGACAAGCUCAAGGUCUGUGAGUGAUGGACAGAAAAGGAAACACGCGGCGCGCCACUUCGGCUGGGUACCGUUUACCGGACCGACCAAACGGUCCCCUCGCCUCUCAGUCCUCGGUCUCAGUGUUUAGGAAUUCAGCGGGCAGGACACGAAACACCGGUGACAUACCGACGCAAGGCGAUGAUACCCGAGACCCGGUAAAACAAGACCAGGUUUGGAAAGAGUUUGUGCGCGCGGAGCGAACCGGUAUGAAAGAAUGGGAGAAGAACUGGAGUUUCCUCAUGAACUUUGACCAGCUGGGUCAUCAGCGUACAGAAACUUCUCUCCCCAGCUCUGGGUCUUUAUAUUCAGAUAGAGUUCCAAACACCAGUAACCAAAUGUUCGGCAGCGGCCUGUACACCGAGUUGGGCAAGGAGAUGAUUCGCCUGGACAACCUGCUAAUCCUGACAGCAAACCACCGCAAGGCCAAAAGGAAUCCAGAGAUGCAGCCCUGCUGAGGUUUAGCAGACACAAGAUCUUAAAAACACUGUAGCAGAGAUUUGAUCCCUUCUCUUAUCUUGAUUUUAUACUCAAGAGUGUUCAGUGGGUAGCAGUUUGUCUUUUGGAUGCAUAUUUGGAUGUGUAUGUGUCUUUGCAGUAUGUUUUGGCAGUGUAUCGAGAGCUUUUUUAUUAGAUUUUGUGUUGACAUUAUGCAUCUCUCUGAGUAUAGGCUACUAUGCUGGUGGACGCAGUAAAGAUGACCCUUAGAAUAGACUAUGUGCGUAUUCAUUUUUUUAGAUGAACACUUUUCAGUGUUUGCAAAUUAGUUUCAGAUUUGAAUUAAAACUAUUUUGUCAGAGAUGUGGUAUAUUUUUCUGUACUCUGUAUUUUUUCUCUCAAGAGAAAAAGAGGCAUUAGAUGUGUUAGUUAAUUCUUCACAGUUAAGUUUACAUAUAAUCAGCCAAUUCAGAUAUGUUAUCCAUAAAACAUUAGGAGGAAUAGAACUGGAAUAUUUUGCCAAGACCUAUUACAUUUAUAAUGUUUUAAAAAAGCUUGCCAAAUUAUAAUCUAAUAAAGGUUUUCUCAUUUUAAACAGGU